AAACCGGUCGUCCCAUGUGCUUUUACAGUUUGUUGUCAUUCGGCUGGUAUCGUUGAGUCCCGAGGAGUUAGAAACUGUUUUGUUCUCUUUUGUUCUUUCUUUUCUUUCCCUGCUUGUACCAUUACCUUAAAAUGAAGGGGAAGGAAGACGAAGACUGUCUGUUUCUUGAACAUGUUUUGGAUAAACUGUAUGAGUUUGAUGAUGGAGCGGCAUCAAAAAAGAAGCUCAAGUCUCAGAAGAAGAAGAAGAAAAGAAAAAGAUGUGAGGAGGAGGAAGAGGAGUCUUCUGCUGUCAGGGAUGUCUGCAGUGACACUGAGGACAACAGAGCAGAUCGUGAUGGUGCUGAACAUCGGCAGCAACAACCAAACACUGAGCAAACAGGACCAGCCAUCCAUCAGGCGAGUCAGGUGGAGGUUGUGACAUUCCAGGACCCCCGAAAGAAACUGAAAACCAAGCAGACACCGGCCCCCGACAAAAUGCCUGCCCCUCAGAAGAUAACAGAGAAGAAGGAAAGCAGCGAGCUAGGAGAACUCAAUUUGGAAAAGGCUCGUCUUGAAGUCCAUCGGUUUGGAAUCACAGGCUAUAAGAAGGAGCAGCAGCGUGUGUUUGAACAAGACAGAGCCGUCAUGCUGGGAGCCAGACCCCCCAAGAAGGACUACGUAAACUACAAGGUGCUGCAGCAGCAGAUCAAAGAGAAGAAGCAGAAAGCAAAGGAGGAGGUUCAGCCGGACCUGAAGAAAAAGAAGAAGCCGAAUAAACAAAGCAGGGACAAGAAGAAGGUGCCCUCAGGUUCUGGCGCCGCCCCCUCAGGUCAGGUGGGCCGCUUCAAGAACGGCAUGCUGAUCCUCAGCUCCAAGGAGAUCCAGAAAAUAAAAGGCAAUAAGAGGGGCAAAUAGGCGACCAAUUAAAUCCUCCAGGAUGGGAAACCUCGAGCAGCCCAGAGGAAAACCUGGCAUCCAGAACGCCAUCAGUGACUCAGUUUACUGCAUGACUGUUUGCAGUGUUAAGAGGAAGUGGACGAGAGCUGAAUACAGCGUGCGCUGUAAGGCUGAUUUCCAGAGGACUUGUCUGCAGUAAAAAUAAAAAACGGUGUUCCAGGAGACAGACUGCUGAGUCAAGAAUCCAAUUUCCCGACCUCCAGAACGGACCCUGAACGUACACACAGUGGCAGGACGCUAAAUGCAUCAAACUGGAGACUUUUGUCAAAUCAUAUUCCAUCACAGUUAAUUUAUUUUGUUUUUAUAAAUGACCAAAAAAAAACCACA